UCUGCCUCCUCUCGCCGCUGAUGCGCGGCGGCUCGCUCGAGGCGCGGCUGCGUAUCUCGGAUCCCGACUGCGCGGCGCAGCUCCGGCGGCUGGGCAUGGCGGAGCCGCCGAGGCCGCUGACGUGGCGGCAGCGCGUGCGUGUCGCGUGCGAGGCGACCGAGGCGCUCGUCUACCUCCACUCGAAGGGCAUCGUGCACCGCGACGUCAAGCCGGACAACAUCCUGCUCGACGAGAAGCUGACCGCCGUGCUCGCUGACACGGGCUUCGCCAAGGACCAGCGCCCGGACGCGUCUGUCCGCUGCCGCUCGACUGCCGCCCUUUACAUGACCACGGGCUACCUCUGCCCCUCCAUCUCCAAGGGGGGCGAGUACUCGAGCAAGACGGACGGCUACGCCGUUGGCAUCACCCUCCUCGUUUGCCUCACCAACCGGUCCGAGGUGCAGCUGACCGACCGGUGCGAGGACGAGUUCGAGGAGGACUGGACCGACAUCGACGUGACGAGGAUCGCAGACGCGGCGGCGGGGUGGCCUGACCCUGCGGCGCGCGCUGUCAAGGACCUCGCCAAGGCGGACGGGAAGAGCCUCUGCCACGACAGCUUGCGCAAGCGACCCACGCUGCCCGAGGCUCUCACGACUUUGCAGGCGCUCCUCUCUGGCUCGCAGCGCAGGGCGGGGAUGGAGGAGGCUGCGCCGGCGCUUGGAGACGAGGCCGCCACCGCUGCCCGCACCACCGGCUACGAGCCUUCGCCGCUCUCGGUGCAGGUGCGCGGCAUGCGCACGUCCGGCGACGCGCAGGCGCGCAUCCAGGACAACAUGAUGCUCGCCUUCAAGACGCUGAUGCCGCGCCUCGACGCCGUGUACGCCUCGCGCUCCGCGGCGGCGCCCGACGGCUUCGAGGAGCGCAUCAACUUUUGGCACCGCGAGUGCGGCCUGCCGACAGAGCUGCGGAGCCAGCUGCACUCGCUGCGCAUCUGGGCGAACGCGGCGAGGCACCACGACGCGGCGAGGUGGAGGAGGGACGGGCCGCGCAGCGAGGGGGAGGCGUCGCGGCUCGUGGCCGCGGUGACGGAGGCGAUUGGGGCGCUCGAGGGAUUAAAUACGUUCGGUUGACUCUCUGUAAAAUGGUUAAGCGGCGUCUCC